AUGUAUAAGAACCCCAUCCCGGUCCACCUGUUGUUUCUCCUUCUUGGAAUUGCUCUAUACCACUUCACUCCACAACUAAUCAUCCACCUGUCUCCUCUAAACACCUUCACAAUGGGCUCCACUCAACCCGAAUUCAAGAACACUGCUACCUCCACUCUUUUGGAGUUGGUUAAGGCUCGCCGCACCUACUACGACCUCAAGGGAGAGAGCCCCGUCUCUGACGAUGUCAUCGACCGCAUUGUUCAGGACUCCGUUCUCCACGUUCCCAGCUCUUUCAACACCCAGACCUCCCGUGUUGUCCUCCUGCUGAAGGAGGAGCACAAGAAGGUGUGGGAUAUUGCCAUUAAUGCCUUGGAGGGUCUGGUCGCUGCUGGCCACGUCCCUAAGGAACAGUUCGAGACUUCCACCAAGCCUAAGCUGAACGCUUUCCGCGCUGCUUAUGGAACUGUCCUCUUCUUUGUCGACUUCGAGUCGCUCGCUCCUAUCAAGGAGAAGUUCGCUAUCUACGCCGAUAAGUUCGACCCCUUCGCCCUGGAGUCGAAUGCUAUGUCUCAGUACCUCGUCUGGACUGCCCUUCAGUCUGAGGGCUUCGGUGCCAACCUUCAGCACUACAGCCCCCUCAUCGAUGAGCAGAUUGCCAAGACCUGGAACAUCCCCGCCUCGUGGAAGUUGGAUGCCCAGCUGGUCUUCGGUACUCCCAACUCUGAGCCCGGUGAGAAGACCUUCGCUCCUAUUGAGGACCGCUACAAGGUCUUCGGCAAAUAAGCAUAUAAAAGAUACUUGUAUAUUGAUUUAGCAUCACGAAUGAAAGAGCAAUGACUUAGAU